AUGAAAUGUUUCAGAUGCUUCUACACUCGAGUACACUCUCAUCUUCUUCUCCGAUCUUCCUCCUCUCCGGUAACGGUUCCUGUUCCCCCCGUCCGCCUCCGUUUCCGUCGCCUCUCCUCCAUUUUCGAACCUGUCUCCGAUCAAACCGUCAAUUCAACCUCAGACGAAGUCACAGAGAGACGAAGAAUCGCAAAUGACGCGAGUUUUAGCGGAGAAGAGAAGCCCGAGGAGAAAUCGAGAAAAUCCAAAUCCGGCGGAUUUACGCGGGGAUGGGAUCCAGGGGAAGUAGUGAUGAAUAAGAAGAAAGGUAAAGUGAAAACCUCUUGGGUUUGCGAGAGCUGUGGGCAUUCGGAAGGGCAAUGGUGGGGGAGCUGUCGUGCUUGUAACAAAGUUGGGACCAUGCGGCGUUUCUCCGAAGCUUCCGAGUCUCGUGGAAGUGGUGGUGGAAAUUUUAGUGGCGGCGGCGGCGGCGGCUCGGGUGUUUCGGAAAGUUCUGGUUUGUCGUGGUUGCCUGAGCAAGGAGUGGUGCAGCCGCUCAAAUUGAGCUCUGUGAUUGAUGGAAUUACUCAGCAACAAUGGCGAAUUUCUCUUAGGCCUGGACUUUUUGGGAAUGAAGUUGGGAGAGUGCUUGGUGGUGGUCUUGCUCCAGGUUCCUUGAUUUUGAUUGGUGGUGACCCUGGUAUUGGCAAGAGUACCUUGUUAUUGCAGAUUGCUUCUAUAAUUGCUGAGGGGAAUGAUUCGGCCCAACCAGCACCGGUUUUGUAUGUCUCUGGUGAAGAGAGUGUCGACCAAAUAGGAAGUCGGGCUGACAGGAUGAAAAUUGAAACCGACGAGCUCUACCUAUUUUCUAGCUCUGAUCUUCAGGACAUUCUGAGAAAAGCUCAUCGGCUAUCUCCCCGAGCUCUCAUCAUUGAUUCAAUUCAAACGGUUUACCUUAAAGAGGUGACUGGAAGCGCUGGUGGUCUCACACAGGUUAAAGAGUGCACAUCAACACUGCUGCGUUUUGCUAAGAAAUCUAAUGUCCCUGUUUUCUUGGUUGGGCAUGUUACAAAAGCGGGCGAUAUUGCAGGACCUCGUGUUUUGGAGCACAUAGUAGAUGUUGUCUUGUACAUGGAGGGUGAAGAACAUUCAGCUUACCGUUUGCUGCGUUCCGUGAAGAAUCGGUUUGGGUCGACUGAUGAGCUUGGAGUUUUUGAAAUGGCACAAUCAGGACUUGAAGUGGUCUCGAACCCUAGUGGCAUAUAUCUUAGUCAACAGAACCUGGACUCAGAUGUUUUAGCUGGAUUAGCUGUAGCGGUUGUUAUGGACGGAUCUCGGAGCUUCCUCAUUGAAGUUCAGGCGUUGUGUGCGCCUGGCUCCACAGUUUCAAGGCAUGUUAAUGGUGUUCAAGCAAGCAGAGCUGACAUGAUAAUUGCAGUUCUUAUGAAGCAAGCUGGUCUUAGAAUUCAGGAAUCUGGGAUUUUUCUGAACGUUGCUAACGGAAUGGCUCUUUCUGAGACGGCGGGCGAUCUUGCAAUAGCAGCAGCAAUUUGUAGCAGUUUCUUGGAGUUUCCGAUUCCUAAUGGAGUAGCAUUCAUCGGCGAGAUUGGUCUAGGAGGCGAGGUUCGCACGGUACCGAGAAUGGAGAAGAGGGUAAGUACUGUGGCAAAGCUAGGUUUUACCAAAUGUGUGGUUCCUAAAUCAGUGGAGAAGUCACUCAAGGCGCUUGAUUUGAAAGAUGUUGAGAUUAUCGGAUGCAAGAAUCUGAAAGAUUUAAUCAACGCUGUCUUCAGAUGA